GCAGCAGCAAAACACGCGUGCAACUUAGAGAUAGGAGGAUUUCGAGAGGUACUCAACCAAAUAAUUCUCAAUGCUCAUCACACGAAAGCACUACGUAGACGCCCAAACCAUCCCGCAUUCCGCACAGUAGGCUUGACGCCAUGUUGCAGGGAUGGGCAGGCGGAAUCUAGCUGCACUGGUGGCUAGUGCGUUGUGGCCCGGUUGUUGGGUGGCCGAGUCGUGGGAAAAAGUGCACACCCUGGCUGGGCUACAACUUCUCAACGCUCGCAACUAUCGCCAUUUCAGCGAGCACUCAUCCUCCUCUACAAUCUGUUACAGGCCUGUCAUUAUUCCUGUUGCCUGGUAUCACCUUCAUCCUGCCGCGCAUCAGGUAAUUGAUUCAUACACAACCUCCAUCAUUUGCUCCCAUCAAUUAUUCUCUUACUUUUCUUCCCCCGUGCAGCCGGACGACUCCUACCGCUCAGCUCACGCCCUUUUCUCCCCUCUCACCCUCUCAUGAGAUCAAGGCCAUAGUUUCAAUCCCUUAUAUACUCCCCAAUCACGAAACCCACCAAGAAGUAGUCCUAC